AACUUCCGGUUAUUUGACAUCUUCCUCUAAAAUGGCGACCAAACGAAAGCAAGAUGAGAAACACCUCAAAAUGUUACGGGAUAUGGCGGCUCUACCCCACAACAGACAAUGUUUCGACUGUCAUCAGAGAGGGCCAACAUACCUGAACAUGACCAUAGGGUCAUUUGUGUGCACAUCGUGCAGUGGGAUAUUACGAGGGAUUAAUCCACCACAUAGGGUUAAAUCAAUAUCUAUGGCGAGUUUUAAUCCAGAAGAAAUUGAUUUCAUCAAAUGCCAUGGAAAUGAAUUUUGUAGGAAAGUCUGGCUUGGACUUUAUGACAGCCAGAGAGAUCAAGCAGAGCCUGAUUCAAGGGACGAACAAAAGAUUAAAGAUUUUAUGGCUCAGAAGUAUGAAAGGAAACGGUGGUAUCAGGCUCCCACAGACUCCAUGAAAGAGGAAGCUAGACAAAUUAAUGAAUCGGCCACAAAUCGACAGCCACCAACACGGCAACUAAAAACACUUUUAGGGGAGAAAACUCCACAGCUUGUGGUUCAGAACCAGUCACCCCAGACAACACCAAAGAAUCAGGCUGCCCAGCAGCCCCCUCCUGUGUCCGUGCCCUCUACGUCACAGAGCUUCUCCUCCCCUGGACAGCAGAGCCAUUCAUCUCAGUCCUCAGGCUCUAACACCAUGGAUCUUCUAGGGGAUCUGGGAGGAGACCCAUUUGCUUCAUCGGCACCACCAGCCCAGAACGUACCUUCAGGAGGAGGAGGAGGGGGCUUUGCUGAUUUUAGCCAGUUCAGCAGCCAGUUUACUGCACAACCCGCUUCUCAACCCUUCCCAGCAUUCCAGAGUUCCAGCAAUGCAAACACACUAUUUCCAGUAUCUAAUGCACCAGUCAGUGCUGCCCCUGUUGUGAAUGGGGGAUUUGCCAGUUUUUCCCCUGCCCAGACUGCAGCACCACCUGCCAGCAGUGCACCAUCAGGAGUAGGAGGUGACAAAUACUCAGACCUAGCAGAUUUGUUCAGUACUCCUGUAACAACCGAGUCCAAUACAGCUGCCCUGAACUGGGGCGGAUCCAGCUCUUCAGCGGGUGUUAACUGGAGUGGAGGAGGGGGAGGAAGCGGCAGUUCCGGGGCAAUUGACUGGAACGGUGGAGGAGGCGGUGGUGGUGGUGGAACUGGUAUGAGUUGGAAUAGUGGAGGAUCAAACAGCACAUUAGGAACAACUAUGAGCUGGAAUUCUUCCUCAAGUAAUACGAGCUCAGUGGCACCAUCCAGUUCAGCUUUUUUUAUUCCACCCAGUGUUUAUUCAUAUAGACAGACAGGUAGACAAGGGAACCCAUUCCUCUCAGACACAGGGGGUGUCAAUCCAUUUGGUGGCACAUCAGCUUCAACCCAAUCAAAUGUGAGCAACCCAUUUGGGGCUAACAUGGGAGGUGGAGCACAGCCAUCUUUGUUUGGUAGCCAGGCUAACACAGGCUUUGGGCAACAGCCUGGAGGGUUUGGAACUCAGCCAACCACUGCAGCAGGAUUUGGGCAACAACCAGGGGGCUUUGGAAAUCAACCGGUAACUGCAGCAGGAUUUGGGGCACAAACUCCCAUGGUGGGAGGUUUUGGGAAUCCUCCCACAUCAGCGGUUGGAGGAUUUGGUGCCCAAACAUCCCUAAGUGGGGGAUACGGACAACCACCAUCAAAUCCUGGAUCUUUUAACAUGGGAGGUUUUGGACAGCCCUCUGCCGUUGGAGGGUUUGGCCAGCCAGCGGGUUUUGGAGGUACGGGAAUGACAAAUCAGAUUAGUAAUCAGAAUGGAGUCUUUAGUUCUGUUGGACCAACGAGUGCAAGUGGUGGAUUUGGGGCUUUUUCACAAGCUCAGACAAUGCCUAAUCAGUUUGGAAAUUCAAUGACAGGACAGUUCGAUAAUAAAAUGGAAGGGGACCAUGGUUUUCCAGCAGGAUGGGGAAGUCAACCGGUAGCCACAAAUGCACAGUCAGUCAAUCCAUUCAUGUCCACAGCUGCCCAGUCUAUGGCACCAAAGAGUGGCUCCACAAAUCCUUUCUUGUGAUGGUCUGGUGUACUUUGUUUUAGCUUUUUUACACAUUUAAGUUUGAGCAAACACAUCUUUGAAUGUCAUUUGAACCAAAGCAGAUUUCUUAGAUGAACAAAGAAUAUGAUGGUGCCAUGUGCUUGUGUAUGCUACCAGUGUGAGGAAUUGUGUGUGGUUGAAUGAUAGACUAAGGUUCUCUGGAUUUCUUUCAUUAGAAUGGAAUCUCUUGGCUGUGUAAUAUUCACAGGUGGAAGCUGAUAUUCUAGAAUUGAAGUUCAUCUCAUUUUUCAUCCAAAUAUUGUAUGAAGCUUUGAAUUUUCUUAUGGUUAUUUUCACGCUCUCUGAGUGAAACCUGUUUUCACACAUACCAUUUAAAAUUCCUGGCUUUCAUUUUCAUACUUCGUAAAGGCUAUUGUUUAUGUGUUAUUUUUACUGCAAAUUUGAUUUCAUGGAUUUAUUCCGCUGACAGAUAAAAUUGCAAAAAUGAAAAUGCAGCAAAAAUAAGCCCAUAUAAAUAACAUAUUAAUUUUUGGUGCGAUAAGGAAAUUAGCUUUGUCAUCUUUUAUUAGAAAUAAAGUGCUAUGUAAAUUUAUGGGUUUUUUUUAUUUGACAAUCUGUUUAGCACAGCAAGAUUUUACAACUACAAGUAAAAUACAAUCACAUAAAGCCAACAAAAUGGAUGACAAAUGUAUAAUCCAGUGUUGAAUUCCAUAUUUUUACUGUGUACUGUAUAGGGCAGAAUCCAGAUGCUUAUAAUAUGCCUGUUACUGGAGAUGGGCUGGAAAACAGAUUGCAUUACCUAUCAUAAAAAUUUAAAAUAAUGUGAAAACAUUUCGCUUAUCAGUACCAAGGACAAAGGCGAAGUACCCUCCAGAGUUUGUUUUUUGUAUCUCCACAAUAUAUAUGUAGGUAAACAAUUUGAAAUUAAAAAAAUACAUGUAUAAGCUAAGAUUUUGAAUAUUGUAAAAUCUCAUGUUUGUUAGAUAGUAUAUUCAAAUGAGAGGCAACUUGAAGCUUAAUGAACAUUUAUGUUGAAUACACAUUAAUUUGACUAUGAAAUAGGCAUUAAUGUGGUAUAAAUGUCACACAAACUUUAAUAUUACUACUUUCAAUUUUUGUUGGUUGUGUACUAUGUUUUAGGUGAAAUAUUUAUCAGAAUUUUAAUUUUUGGAACUACACUGUAUUCUGAUUUUCUCAUGAAUGCUUAGGAAAAAUGUUUGGUAUAUAUUUUUCAUGUAUGAACAAGUCUUAAAGGUGAUUCAAAUACAGGUACAUAUAUAUUAAACCAAAAAUAUUGAAGAAUUAAUAUAUCUAUCCUGAAGUUUUGUUGCAUGACAUUUAGAUAUGAAUGAAUACACUGCACAUGUUUGAAUUUAAAUGCAUGUAUUGAAAUUGCUGUACAGACUUUAUGUACAAUUGAUUUGCUCCGUGGUUAGUGAUAUAUUUCCGUAUAAGAAUACCCGUUGUAUUAAGAUGUUAAACAUGAUUUAUUAAGAAAAUAGGUAUUUUUUAAGUAUUGAUGUUCAUUGUAUCCAAAUUUUUAGUGUAUUAUGUGGUCUUGGUACAUACAUGUAUAUGCAGAUUUGAAGAAAACUUUCUAUAUUGUUCAGAGACCGUGAGAAGCCCACUGUGGGAGAAUAAAAACAUGGAUGUUUAUGAAGGGAAUAAAAUAUAUGCUUUGUUAAUUAUUUCAAGCUAUGUAUGACAUAUUUCUUCAUCAUCACUUUUUACAAUGUACAAUAUGUAACUGAGGCAUUAAAUAAGAUACUAGAGCAGGAUGAUUAACAUAUACCUAGUCAUACAACUGUCAGGCAGAUAUUACACUCUCUAUACAUACAACUGUCAGGCAGAUAUUACACCCUGUAUACAUACAAUUGUCAGCAGAUAUUACACUCUGUAUACAUACAACUGUCAGGCAGAUAUUACACUAUAUACAUACAACUGUCAGGCAGAUAUUACACUCUAUAUACAUGCAACUGUCAGGCAGAUAUUACACUAUAUACAUACAACUGUCAGGCAGAUAUUACACUCUAUAUACAUACAACUGUCAGGCAGAUAUUACACUCUAUAUACAUACAACUGUCAGGCAGAUAUUACACUAUAUACAUACAACUGUCAGGCAGAUAUUACACUCUGUAUACAUACAACUGUCAGGCAGAUAUUACAUUAUAUACAUACAACUGUCAGGCAGAUAUUACACUCUGUAUACAUACAACUGUCAGGCAGAUAUUACACUAUAUACAUACAACUGUCAGGCAGAUAUUACACUCUAUAUACAUACAACUGUCAGGCAGAUAUUACACUCUGUAUACAUACAACUGUCAGGCAGAUAUUACACUCUAUAUACAUACAACUGUCAGGCAGAUAUUACACUCUAUAUACUGGUUUGUAGGUAUGUCUUCCAUUAAAUUACAGAGUUAUACAAUCCUUUUAUUUGAAACCAUAGCUACAUGUAUUUUGUUCUGAGGUAUGGGGCCUGAUUUAUUUGAUAAAGAUUAUCAUUUUUGCACAGUAUUCUAUGUCUAUAAAAAUUGGACAUUAAUUCCUGGGUUUUCUGUGAUGCAGGGAAUAUUAGGGUUAAUUAAUUGUUUUUACGCCAGGAGUUGUAGGGUGUUUAGUUUUAAUUGUGUUAGGAUUGAUAUAAUUAUUAAAAAGUUUAGAUUCAGUAAUGUCAGUUUCAGCAAGUUUUUAAAGUCAGCACUUAAUUUUUCCUUUUAAAAAUUUUCAUCACUCAGAAUGUGUAUAUAUUGUCUCUUUUUCAAUCCAACUCUAUGUAAAAUUAAUAUGCUUUUCCAUAUAAAUAUAUCAAUUUCAUAAGAUUGCAUAAUAACCUGUAUGAAAAGGUCGAACUAUACAUGUAAUAUUUAUAAUAAUCUAGGAUUCAGUGGCUAGUUUGGUUCCCGUCCUCUGUACAGUUUGAAAAAAAAACAGGGUACCAGACUUAAUUUCUUUAACAUUCCCACAAUAUUUGGUUUGGGUGUUUAUUCAAAUGCCUCUCUUUCUUUGUUGUGAAUGACAGAGCCUUUCUUGGUUAAAACCAAUAUAGUUUUAGGCAUAUUGUGACUGUACAUCAUUGUUACUAUUUUUUUUCAGUAUUUAUGCACUUUAUAGAUAUAUUAAAAUUGCAAUAAACUUCAGAAAAAUAGUGAUGAGCAGAUGUAUGAUAUUGAGUAAAUCAUUUAUUAUGUUGUAAAAUAAUGAAAAUAAAAAUCAGAAGUUAUUUAACAUGCA